UCGGUGCCGGCGCUGUUCCAGGCGGUGGCGCGGCGCGUGCCGGCCAAGGCGGCGCUGGUGGACGCGGCGUCGGGCGCGGUGUGGACCUUCGCGCACCUGGAGCGCGUGUCCAACGCCGUGGCUCACCUGUGCCGCGAGCUGGGGCUGCGCUCCGGGGACGUGGUGGCCGUGUUCAUGGAGUCGCGGCCGGAGUUCGUGGCGCUCUGGCUGGGCCUGGCCAAGGCCGGCGUGGAGGCGGCGCUGCUCAGCUCGCACCUGCGCC